AUGGGUUACGAGGACGAGUACUUCAGCGAAGAGGUCCUGGCCAAGGCCAAGACCGCCAAAGUGUACAUCGAACAUCUUUACAAAGUUCAGAGUCAGCACCACAAGGAUCGCAAGGACCGGCGGAAGGCGCUAGAAGAGGAGCUGCAGAACCCCGGGCUCACCCCUGAGCAGAGGGAUGCAGCCCGCGCCGAGCUGGAGCGCAGGGAGCGGGACUUUUCCCGCCUGCAGCGCCAGCGGCUCAGCAUGGACGACUACGAGCCCCUCAAGCUGAUCGGCAAGGGAGCCUUUGGGGAGGUGCGCAUUUGCCGGGACCGGGCCUCUGGCGGCCUGGUUGCGGUGAAGAAGCUGAAGAAGGCGGAGAUGGUGCGGCGCGGGCAGGUCGACCAUGUGCGCGCGGAGCGCAAUGUGCUGGCCGAGGUGCGGCACCGCGCCGUGGUGCGGCUUCUGUGCAGCUUCCAGGACGAGGAGAUGCUAUACCUGGUCAUGGAGUACAUGCCGGGGGGCGACCUCAUGACCCUGCUCAUCCGGCAGGAGAUCCUGCCGGAGCCCAUGGCCCGCUUCUACCUCGCGCAGACGGUGGUGGCCCUGGAGGCCAUCCAUGCCGCGGGCUACAUCCAUCGCGACAUCAAGCCGGAUAACCUGCUGCUGGAUGCCAGCGGGCACAUGAAGCUGUCGGACUUUGGGCUGUGCAAGCCCGUGGACGUCAGCCUGCUGCCGGCCUUCAAAGCAGCUGCCGACCCUGUGGCCUUCAGGCAGCUGCCCUCGCCCCCCGACGCCGCCUCGCAGAGCGAGCAGCUGCGGCACUGGCAGCAGAACCGGCGCAAGCUGGCCUUCAGCACGGUGGGAACGCCAGACUACAUCGCCCCCGAGGUCCUCAUGAAGAAGGGGUACGGGAUGGAGUGCGACUGGUGGAGCCUGGGCGCCAUCAUGUUUGAGAUGGUGGUGGGCUUCCCACCCUUUUACUCCGACGACCCCAUGACCACCUGCCGCAAGAUCGUGAACUGGGCCACGUACCUGCGCUUCCCCGCCGAGGCGGAGGCCUCGCUCUCCCCCGCGGCCAAGGACCUCAUCAUGCGCCUGCUCUGCGACGUGGACCGGCGCCUUGGCGGGCACGGCGCGGCGGAGAUCAAGCGCCACCCCUUCUUCCGCGGCGUGGACUGGGUGCGGCUGUACGAGUCGCCGCCGCCCUACCGCCCGGCCAUCACCCACGAGCUGGACACCCAGAACUUCGAGCAAUACGAGGACCCGGAACGCGGCGCGCGCGCGGGGCACUCCCCCGGCAGCGCCAGCAGCAGGAGCCGGCCGGUGGCGGACCCCAACUUCAUCGGCUACACCUACAAGCCCUUCGAGGCGGUGCAGCGCAGCGACUCAGGCGGGCAGCUGCCCUCGCCCCCCGACGCCGCCUCGCAGAGCGAGCAGCUGCGGCACUGGCAGCAGAACCGGCGCAAGCUGGCCUUCAGCACGGUGGGAACGCCAGACUACAUCGCCCCCGAGGUCCUCAUGAAGAAGGGGUACGGGAUGGAGUGCGACUGGUGGAGCCUGGGCGCCAUCAUGUUUGAGAUGGUGGUGGGCUUCCCACCCUUUUACUCCGACGACCCCAUGACCACCUGCCGCAAGAUCGUGAACUGGGCCACGUACCUGCGCUUCCCCGCCGAGGCGGAGGCCUCGCUCUCCCCCGCGGCCAAGGACCUCAUCAUGCGCCUGCUCUGCGACGUGGACCGGCGCCUGGGCGGGCACGGCGCGGCGGAGAUCAAGCGCCACCCCUUCUUCCGCGGCGUGGACUGGGUGCGGCUGUACGAGUCGCCGCCGCCCUACCGCCCCGCCAUCACCCACGAGCUGGACACCCAGAACUUCGAGCAAUACGAGGACCCGGAACGCGGCGCGCGCGCGGGGCACUCCCCCGGCAGCGCCAGCAGCAGGAGCCGGCCGGUGGCGGACCCCAACUUCAUCGGCUACACCUACAAGCCCUUCGAGGCGCGCGUGAGGGAGGCCAAGCCCUCGCCCAGGCCGUCGCUCAACAGCCUGGAGGCCGCUUUCGAGGCGGUGCACCUCAACACCUCGCCGCGGCACUGA